GCGUGCGGACGGACGCGCGGGGUGGCCGGGGGCCGGACGCACGACCCGGGGCGGGCGGCGAUGUGGGGAGGCCCGGGCAGCCCAGGAGGCUGCGGGGACGGGGGCGGAGCCGUGGGCGCCACGGGCACCGCCCCCCUGCGCCGGCGGAGCCGCCGCCCGAGCGCGGACCCGGGAGCCGGAGGCGGCUGUAGCGUGCGGGGUGAGUCGCGGGGAGCUAGGGGCGCGCCCCUGACGGCGGGUCUGCGGACUACGCCCCAGAGGGUGCUUGGCCGCACAUCUAGCCCUAGGGCGCCCUGGUCGACCCCCGUGCGCCUCUUGCCCGCAGACCCUGAGGACACGGCCAUGCCGGGCCGGGCGGAGGCGGGGGAGGCCGAGGAGGAGGCCGGGGCCGGCUCGGGGUCCGAGGCGGAGGAGGACGCGCUGUGGGAGCGGAUCGAGGGCGUCCGGCACCGGCUGGCUCGCGCCCUGAACCCGGCCAAGCUCACGCCGUAUCUGCGCCAGUGCCGGGUCAUCGACGAGCAGGACGAGGAGGAGGUGCUGAGCACCUACCGCUUCCCGUGCCGCGUCAACCGCACCGGGCGCCUGAUGGACAUCUUGCGCUGCCGUGGCAAGAGGGGCUAUGAGGCCUUCCUGGAAGCCCUGGAGUUCUACUACCCCGAACACUUCACGCUGCUCACGGGCCAGGAACCCGCCCAGCGCUGCUCCAUGAUCCUCGAUGAGGAGGGGCCUGAGGGCCUGACCCAGUUCUUGAUGACAGAGGUGCGACGGCUGCGGGAAGCUCGCAAGAGCCAGCUGCAGCGGGAGCAGCAACUGCAGGCCCGGGGCCGGGUGCUCGAGGAGGAGAGGGCAGGGCUGGAGCAGCGGCUGCGGGACCAGCAGCAGGCUCAGGAGCGCUGUCAACGGCUGCGGGAGGACUGGGAGGCGGGCAGCCUGGAGCUGCUGCGGCUCAAGGAUGAGAACUACAUGAUCGCCAUGCGGCUGGCACAGCUCAGUGAGGAGAAGAACUCGGCUGUACUUCGCAGCCGUGACCUGCAGCUGGCGGUGGAUCAGCUCAAGCUCAAGGUGAGUCGGCUGGAGGAAGAGUGUGCACUGCUUCGAAGGGCCAGGGGGCCGCCCCCUGGGACAGAGGAGAAGGAGAAGGAGAAGGAGCCAGACAAUGUGGACCUCGUCUCUGAGCUGCGUGCUGAGAACCAGCGGCUGACGGCGUCACUGCGGGAGUUGCAGGAGGGCCUGCAGCAGGAGGCGAGCCGGCCAGGGGCCCCGGGCUCCGAGCGCAUCCUGCUGGACAUCCUAGAGCAUGACUGGCGGGAGGCGCAGGACAGCAGGCAGGAGCUGUGCCAGAAGCUGCAUGCCGUGCAGGGGGAGCUGCAGUGGGCCGAGGAGCUGCGCGACCAGUACCUGCAGGAGAUGGAAGACCUGCGGCUCAAGCACCGCACCCUGCAGAAGGACUGUGACCUGUACAAGCACCGCAUGGCCACUGUCCUGGCACAACUGGAGGAGAUUGAGAAGGAGCGAGACCAGGCCAUCCAGAGCCGUGACCGGAUCCAGUUGCAGUACUCACAGAGCCUCAUCGAGAAGGACCAGUACCGCAAGCAGGUGCGGGGCCUGGAGGCGGAGCGGGAUGAGCUGCUGACGACACUCACCAGCCUGGAGGGCACCAAGGCUCUGCUGGAGGUGCAGCUGCAGCGGGCCCAGGGUGGCACCUGCCUCAAGGCCUGUGCCUCCUCCCAUUCCCUGUGCUCCAACCUCAGCAGCACUUGGAGCCUGAGCGAGUUCCCCUCCCCUCUGGGAGGCCCAGAAGCAACUGGGGAGGCCACUGUCAUGGGGGGACCUGAGCCUCACAACUCGGAGGAAGCCACAGACUGUGAAAAGGAGAUCAACCGGCUCUCCAUCCUGCCCUUCCCCCCCAGUGCUGGCUCCAUCCUCCGCCGGCAGCGUGAGGAGGACCCUGCACCCCCUAAGAGAUCCUUCAGCAGCAUGUCAGACAUCACAGGGAGUGUGACCCUUAAGCCCUGGUCCCCUGGCCUCUCUUCGUCCUCGUCCUCUGACAGCGUGUGGCCUUUGGGAAAGCCGGAAGGCCUCCUGGCUCGGGGCAGUGGCCUGGACUUCCUCAACAGGUCUCUGGCUAUUCGGGUGUCUGGCCGGAGCCCCCCAGGGGGCCCAGAGCCGCAGGACAAGGGACCAGAUGGACUGUCAUUUUAUGGGGACAGAUGGUCUGGGGCUGUGGUGCGCAGGGUGCUGUCUGGGCCUGGGUCGGCCAGGAUGGAACCAAGAGAGCAAAGGGUGGAAGCUGCUGGUCUGGAGGGGGCAUGCCUGGAAGCCGAGGCCCAGCAGAGAACCUUGCUCUGGAACCAGGGGUCCACACUCCCUUCCCUGAUGGACUCGAAGGCCUGCCAGUCCUUCCACGAGGCCCUAGAAGCCUGGGCAAAGGGGCCAGGUGCCGAGCCCUUCUACAUUCGUGCCAACCUCACCCUGCCUGAGAGGGCAGAUCCCCAUGCCCUUUGCGUGAAAGCCCAAGAGAUCCUUCGACUGGUGGACCCGGCAUACAAGCGGAGACAGGAAUGGUUCUGCACCCGGGUUGACCCCCUCACUCUGCGGGACCUGGACCGGGGCACCGUGCCCAAUUAUCAGAGAGCCCAGCAGCUCCUAGAAGUUCAGGAGAAAUGCCUGCCCUCCAGCCGGCACCGAGGCCCCCGCAGUAAUCUGAAGAAGAGAGCCCUGGACCAGCUGCGGCUGGUGAGGCCCAAGCCCGUGGGGGCGCCCGCAGGGGACUCCCCGGAGCAGCUGCUGCUGGAGCCCUGUGCAGAGCCGGAGCGGAGCCUCAGACCCUACAGUUUGGUGCGGCCGCUGCUGGUGUCUGCCCUGCGGCCGGUGGUGCUAUUGCCUGAAUGCCUGGCGCCCCGGCUCAUCCGCAACCUGCUAGACCUGCCCAGCUCCCGGCUGGACUUCCAAGUGUGCCCAGCGGAAAGCCUCUCCGGGGAGGAACUGUGCCCAUCCUCAGCGCCUGGAGCCCCCAAGGCUCAGCCUGCAACCCCUGGGCUAGGCAGCAGGAUCCGGGCCAUCCAGGAGUCUGUUGGGAAGAAGCACUGCCUGCUGGAGCUGGGUGCUCGGGGUGUGCGGGAGCUGGUGCAGAACGAGAUCUACCCCAUCGUCAUCCACGUGGAGGUGACUGAGAAGAAUGUCCGGGAAGUCAGGGGUCUGCUGGGCCGGCCGGGCUGGCGGGACUCAGAGCUGCUGCGGCAGUGCCGUGGCUCAGAGCAGGUGCUCUGGGGGCUGCCCUGCUCCUGGGUGCAGGUGCCCGCCCUUGAGUGGGGACACGCAGAGGAGCUGGCCAAGGUGGUGCGCGGCCGCAUCCUGCAGGAGCAGGCCCGCCUCGUGUGGGUGGAGUGCGGCAGCAGCAGAGGCUGCCCCAGCAGCAGUGAGGCCUGAGGCUCAUCUGAUACCUGCAGCUUCUUCCCAAGCCAGCGUGGACCCUGGUGUCUGUGGUGAAGCUGGGCCCUCCCACCCUGAGCCUUCCUAGACCCUUGGACUCUCAGAUGCAGGGCUCUUGGCUCUGGCCUCUCACCCCCAAGGCUGUCUCUGGCCCUGCCGAGCCUGCAGGAGCCCCGGGACAGAGCGCCCACCCCCCUCUAUUUGCUGCUCUGGGCCUCCCCACCUGUCCUGGGGUCUCCACAUUCCCACUAGUGGGUCUCAUGUGUGUCUGUGUCUUCUCCUUAAACACUCGCCCUGGAGUCUGUUCUCACACCUGUGUGCAGGUUUGCACACUCAAGUUCUCACGGGCAGGCUCAGGUCUGUCCCGCUGCCCUGGGCACGAGGUCUCCUGAUGACCUGGGCCUGUUCUGCUCCCAGGAGCCCCGAGCCCGUUACCGCGUGACCCCCACCAUCCAGCUCACUCUCCUCAUGGAUUCAGCCAUGCAUGGACUGGGGGCUUCCCUGGCCCACGGUUACCUGUGCCCCUCAUGUCUCCUCACGUGGGUGUCUGUGGUUCUCUCCUGUGUAAAUGUCACGCCCCACCCCUGUUUCAUGUGGGCACUAACACGUGUGCGUUCCUGGUGGGCACACACAGUACCGUGCCUCACAGGGCCCAUUCCCUGCCUAUGCCUCCCUCUUAGGGGGCCGAGGAGGGCAGCUGCUCUGUCAUGAGAAUGUACGGCCCGUGGAUGAUUAACGGGCCUUUUUCACUUAGAAGCUGCACAUUAUGGAACAUUAAACACUUUUGUCAUA